AUGCAAAGUGUAUCUAACGAUAUGCAUUCAUUAUUUCAAAUAUUUCUUCUUUUUUUUACAACUCUUCUCUAUCAUAUUGGUAUCUCAAAUCCAAAUCUUAGUUCAACCGAUGAUUACGUUCCACAUGAAGGUAUUGGUUCAAAAUUUUUAAUUUUCUCUACACCUAAAAUUGGUCAGCUUUUGACGUGGAUUUCCACUUUAUGUCAAGCCUUAUAUCUAUUUCUUCAAACAUUUUCGCCAGCUUUAAUUUCAAUAUUAUUUCCACAAAUAUCAACAUCUAUUAAUUCCUUACCUCUUACAUCUAUUUCAAUACUUGGAUACAUCUUAAUGAUUAUCGGUGGCUUUGGAAGAAUUUGGUGUUACAAAAUAUUGGGAAAAUUGUUUACCUUUGAAAUAACUAUUCGUAAUACUCAUAAACUAAUCAAGACUGGUCCCUAUGCUUAUGUUCGCCAUCCAUCGUAUACAUUUGUUUGUAUCUUAGCAUUCGGAAUGUUUUUUGUUCAUCAACGAUUGAAAAAUUUGUUUCCAAAUAGUACAUGGUUACAAAUUCAAUUUGGUCCUAUAGGAUUUAUAAUAUUUUGUUUGGUGACAAUAUUGUCUAUUAAAAGACGUGUCAUACGUGAAGAAGAAGAACUAGCAAAAAGUUUUGGUAUAGAAUGGACUGAAUAUGUAUCAAAAACUAAAAGAUUUAUACCGAAAAUCAUCUAA